AUGGCCGACAGAGAGGGGCGGCCGAGCCGGGAGGGCCAAAAAAAGGAGGAUGCGACGUUAGCGGAGAAGCUGCAGCACCCGCUCUCUGACUCGAGCACCUCGGUGGGCUCGGUCGAGGCGCGGGCUAGUCACGGCGGUGCCCGCGGCACCCCAGACAUCGACCACGUCGAGGUCGAGGACGCAGUCCCCGGCCAUGCUCUCGACGUCGAGCUCGAGAAGGGCCACGACAUCUCCGAGAUCAAGCGCAUCCCGACACACGGCAGCGCCAAGUCCAAGCUCUCGCGCGUCGUGUCGGCCCUGUCGCGCAGGCGCACCCACGAGCGCGAGCGCAUCCCCUUCGCGCCCAUCCCCGAGUCCAACCUCGCCGAGGGCAUCGUCGGCUGGGAGUCGCAGGACGACCCGGCCAUGCCGCUCAACUUCCCCACCGCGAAGAAGUGGCUGAUCGUUGGCCUGCUGUCGGUUAUCACCCUGCUGACGCCGUUCGCCUCCUCCAUCCUGGCGCCGGGCAUCGAGCGCCUGGACCGCGAGUUCGGCAACACCAACGACAUCGUCGGCACCAUGACCGUCAGCAUCUACCUGCUGGGCUACGUCAUCGGGCCGCUGUUCCUGGCCCCGCUGAGCGAGCUGUACGGGCGCCGGACGGUGCUGACGGCAGCCAACGUCUUCUUCUGCGUUUGGCAGAUUGGGUGUGCGCUGGCACCUUCGAUCGCGACCCUGAUAGUGUUUCGGUUCUUCACCGGUAUUGGGGGUUCGGGCUGUCUGACGCUGGGAGCAGGCGUCAUAUCGGACGUCUUCCGCGCCGACCAGAGGGGCUUCGCCAUGGGCAUCUACACGCUCGGGCCGCUGGUUGGUCCCACGGUCGGUCCCAUCAUCGGUAGCUUCGUAUCCGAGACGAUCGGCUGGCGGUGGGACUUCUGGAUCGUCUUCAUCGUCGCCGCCGUCGUCAUCGCCCUGACCGAGCUGUUCAACACCGAGACGAACCCGCGGGUGCUCAUGCAGCGCAAGGUCAAGCGACUCCAGAAGGAGCUCGGCCGCGCCGACCUGCGCAGCUGCUACGAGACGCCCGGCGCCGAGCCCCAGAGCCGCGCGCGCAUGCUGCUGAACGGCCUCGUCCGGCCGACCAAGUUGCUGUUCCUGUCACCGCUCGUCUUCUUCGUGUCGCUGUACCUCGCCUUCGCCUACGGCACGCUCUACCUGCUCUUCACCACCAUCCCGAUCGUGUUCCAGCAGACCUACGGCUGGAGCCUCGGCAUCACCGGCCUCGUGUACAUCUGCCUGGGCCUCGGCAACUUGACCGGCUGGGCCGUCAUCACGGCCACGUCGGACCGCGGCGUCGUCAAGCGCACGCGCGCCAACAACGGCGUGUUCCUGCCCGAGUUCCGCCUGCCGCUGAGCAUCUACUUCAGCCUGGCCCUGCCGCCCACCUUCUUCUGGUACGGCUGGGCGGCCUACUACCGCACCCACUGGAUCGUCCCGGUGCUGGGGCUCUUCCCCUUCUCCUUCGGCAUCAUGGGCUUGUUCCUGCCCCUGACCACCUACCUGGUCGACUGCUACCCGAUGUACGCGGCCUCGGCGAUCGCCGCCAACACCGUCUUCCGCAGCCUCGCCGGCAUGUUGCUGCCGCUCGCCGGGCCCUCCAUGUACCAGAACCUGGGGCUUGGCUGGGGCAACUCGCUGCUGGGGUUCAUCUGCGUUGCCAUGAUCCCCGUGCCGCUGCUGCUGCUGCGGUACGGGGCCAGGUUGAGGAAGAUGGGUCUGCAGCUGUAG